UUCAUCUUUUUCAUUUCAUUUCUCUUAUACAAAUCUAUACUUUUAUUGAAUUUGAAAAUGGAUAUCAAGUUUGAGGAUGGAAUCAACAAAGCUGAAAGCUUGGAACAAAUCAGCACCCAAGAGAUACAAGCCGAACCAUCGCUUGAGAAAAAUUUUGGUUGGUGGUCACUUUUCGCGGUUAGUUUCUCAUUGACUUGUUCUUGGGUAGGGGUCUCUGCUUCUUUCGGGACAAGUAUUGGUUCAGGUGGUGCAAUCUUAAUCAUUUAUGGUUUGGUGAUUGCAGCCUUCUUCAGCUUAUGUGUUGCUGUAACUUUAGGAGAAUUAAUUUCUGCUUACACGAAUUCUGCUGGUCAGUACUACUGGACGCUUCAGUUGGCACCUGAACGUUAUAGAAAACUACUUGCAUUCGUCACUGCUUUGUUUAGUUACUUUGGAUGCAUCUUCACCUGUGCGUCGAUCAGUUCUUCGCUUGCAAACUCAAUCCUUUCAUUGUAUUCUCUUAAUAACCCAUCAUUUGAAUACAAAAGAUAUCACGCAUUUAUUACUUUUGAAGUGAUAAACGUAACACUUUCAGUAUUCAAUAUUUGGGGUAGGUACUUGCCGUAUAUUGUAACAUCUGGUCUUUGGAUUUCACUCAUUGGAUUUGUGGUAACCAUGAUAACUUGCCUUGCAUGUUCAUCGGGAAGAUAUAAUCUGGGAAGUUUUGUGUUUAGCGAUUUUACCAGUAUCACCGGAUGGGAUAACAAGGCGUUAUCUUUUAUAAUUGGUUUGAUUAGUCCUAUUUGGUGCUUUGCUGGCUUAGACUCAGCUGUUCAUAUGGUAGAUGACUUGGGAGUAAAGUCAGGGAAAGUGCUUAUUCCUCGUGCUGUUUUAUGUACGGUUAUUUUGGGGUUUCUUACAGCAUUUGCCUAUUCUGUGGCUAUCUUCUUUUGUGCAACCGAUGUGUCCGAGGUUGUCGACUCUAGCUUACCCCUUUUAACCAUUUUCUACCAGUCAACUAGGAAUAAAGCAGCUGCUACCUUGCUUGCAGUCCUCACUAUUUUGACUGGUAUUGUCUGCAAUAUCUCGGCUCACACCUGGCAGGCAAGAGUUUGCUGGACAAUGGCUGGAUCAGAAGCACUUCCAGGUUCCAAAUAUUUAAAGCAAAUCCAUCCUCGUACUAAGCUUCCUGUGAAUGCCCACUUCUUUUCCACCUUCUUAGUUGCUAUCAUCGGAUGUAUUUAUGUGGGUUCUACAACCGCGUUCAAUGCCAUUAUCACUGCAUGCAUAUGUCUUUUGUUGGUAUCCUAUACUAUUCCUACCAUACUUCUUUUGAGAGUAAGAAACAAUGGUUUUGCUCAUGGCCCAUUCUGGUGUGGCAAGCUUGGGUACGCCGCCAAUAUUUUGACUAUCUUGUGGACCAUAUUCUGUUUGAUCUUUCUUUCCUUCCCUUAUGAGAGACCCAUUACAAAUACCAAUAUGAAUUAUGUAUCUGCAGUUUAUGGGGGAGCCAUUUUAGCAAUAAUCAUAUGCUGGUUUCUGUAUGGGAAAGCUAAGUUCAUUGCCAAUAAGACUGAAUAAUGUCCUUGUACUAGCUCGUCCCCCUUAUUCAAGUUAUUUCAAUUGUAAUACAUUACAUGCUGAUUGCAGUUGUUUCCUGUCUAGUUUACCACAUCCGUUUGGGUGUGAUAAAUAGUACUAACUCAGUGAAGUUAUAUUAUGGAUCUUUGUGAACACAAAUGUAGUAAUACGUUUUCUUAUCUUAAUAUGAAUAUAGAUGUAAAAGUGCACAAAAACAA